AUGGCACAAUCAGAACCACCACGUCCAAAGGAGACUGAUGAUGCGGAUUCCGAGGACGAGUUUCAUGACGCCCAUUUUCCCGCCGAGGAAGAAGCUAAAUUACUAGACGAAUCAAACGCCCGCAAAGACCAAGCAAACAAACAGUUUGCUGCUGCCGCGUACUCCGAUGCGAUAUCAACCUACGACCGCGCGCUGGCCUCUUGUCCAAAUUAUCUGGAUUACGAGAUUGCGGUGUUGAAAAGCAAUAUUUCGGCGUGUUACUUGAAGCUGCAGGACUGGAAAGCUGCUGUUGAGUCUGCAACAGCUAGCAUCGCUAGUCUUGAGAGAUGUCUGCCAAAGCCUCAAACAUCUGAAAACAACGGUGACCCUGUGGAGGGGGAGGGCAAAGAGAACGAAGUAGUUGAGCUUUCAGGAGACAACGAGGAAGAGGAAGCAAAACAACUUGACCGUCUCCAACAAGAUGAUUCUCGGCGGCAAGCUAUCAAACGAAUUCGUGCCAAAGCUCUUAUGAGACGUGCACGUGCAAAGACAGAGCUGACCGGGUGGGCCAAUUUGCAAGGCGCGGAGGAAGACUAUAAGGAGCUCGCAGCUAUGGAUAAUCUACCGCCGUCAGAUAAGAAAAUUGUACAAAAGGCUUUGCGUGAGUUGCCACCAAGGAUACAGGUUGCGAGGGAGAAUGAGAUGGGGGAAAUGAUGGGGAAGUUGAAAGACCUUGGAAACGGCAUAUUAAAGCCAUUCGGCUUAUCAACGGAUAAUUUCAAGUUCAUCAAGGACGAAGCAACGGGAGGAUAUAGCAUGCAGUUCCAGCAGGGUGAACGCUCAUGA